UGGUCUGUGAAAGGCGCAGGACCCUCGUCUGACACACGCACAGACCGCAGCGUCUCCACCAAACUCCACGUAUAAAAAUGGAAGGAGUAGGAUGUUACUAGCCUCCGCUGUUGUGGUAUGGGAAUGGCUAAACGAGCACGGACGCUGGCGGCCCUACAGCCCCGCGGUCUGUCACCACAUCGAGGCAGUGAUCCGGAGCGACCCGCGCGGUGCUAGUGUGCUCCUCGGACAGGUGGACUCUCGCCUCUCGCCCUACAUCAUCGAUCUGCAGUCCAUGCACCAGUUCAGACAAGACACAGGGACCCUUCGGCCUGUACGACGCAGCUUCUACGACCCCACCUCUGCCCCGGGGCAGGGCUGGCUGUGGGAGUGGGAAAACGACGCCGGGAGUUGGACCGCGUUUGACACCGAGGUGGGCAAUGCCAUCCAGGCGGCUCGGGACCGACAGCAGCCCUGGCUGGACCUGGCUCCACUAGGAUUCUCCUACCUCAUUGACUUUGAAAACAUGACCCAAAUCAAUGGGCAAACACAGCGCUGUCGGCGGAUCCAGCGGCGCUCGGAUCUGGCCUACCCCAUGGUGUCUGGACCGCUGCCAAAGUCGCACCAGGCCUGGGGACCCACGUCCAUGUCGGGCACCGGGGGACUGCUGGGUGUGGACGUGUCCAGUAUGGGGGUGAGGAUGAACAGCAGCGGAAAUGGGAGCGCUUACCCCAGCGGGGCGCUCCCCGCCUCCGCCAUCACCUCUCUGGGACAGCCCUGUGCCUGUCAGCAGUGCAUGAUGGUGCUGGGUGUAAAGACCGGAGCUUUGUCCUCUUUCUCCACCGUGUCGUCCGCUCAGACUCUGGGACGGCGUCCUGCACAGACUAAACUGCCUCUGCCGACCAUCAGCCCCAAAGUUCACUCUUACUCUGUCCCAGGAGGCUCGUACUCCCUGACGCUCCCCCGCCCUCUGACACUGCAGCGCACACUGCCCUCACACAGGACGUCAGUGAUGGGGGCCACGGGGGGGUACAGUGUGGGGGGGAUGGGGGGUCCGAGCGUCGUGGGCGGCGGCGGCGUAGGCGGCGGAUACGCUCUGGGAGGAGGUUACGGCCACUCUCUGUCUCUCCUCGGUUCAGCCACCGCAGCUCUGUCCAUCUCCUCAAGUCGACCCCCUCCGCCCCCUCUGCCCCCACCAGCCCCGCCACCCCCCUCCCUCACCCCUCCGUCCACCGCCCCAAACCCCACUCACCCGUCCCUCUCCUCGGGGCUCUCAGUGUCCUGUCCCGCUCCCGCCUCUUCUUCUGGUCCCUCCCUGAUCUCUACGGUCUCCUCCACCUGCGCGCCCUCUCCCUCCGCCCGAGUCCUGGGACCGGUGUCUCUGUCCGGGGCCCCCACCUGUGCCGCUCCUCUUCCCCCUCGCUCCAGUCUGGCCGGACUUAGUCGCCCGGCGCUGCAGAGGAUCGCCAUGGCCCAGUCCCGCGCCCUCAUCGCCUCUGGAGUUCCCACGGUUCCAGUGAAGAACCUGAACGGGUCCAGUCCUGUGCAUCCUGCUCUGGCCGGCAUCACAGGCAUCCUCAUGAGCGCCGCUGGACUUCCUGUUUGUCUGACCCGUCCGCCCAAGCUGGUCCUCCAUCCUCCCCCCGUGAGCAAGAGCGACAUCAAACCGGUCCCGGGCCUGGGCCACUGCUGCCGUAAGACCACCAAGAAACAGGCCCGCAAAGGAAAGACACCUGAGGAAGUCGUGAAGAGAUAUCUCCAGAAAGUUCGCAAUCCUCCUGAAGAAGACUGCACCAUCUGCAUGGAGGCUCUGUCCGGACCCUCGGGUUAUAAGGGUCCCGGGGUGGGGGGCAUUUCUCGCGCUGAGUCGGUGGGACGCCUGACGCAGUGCGGGCAUCAGUACCACCUCCAGUGUCUCGUCGCCAUGUACAACAACGGAAACAAAGACGGCAGCCUCCAGUGUCCCACCUGCAAAACCAUCUACGGCGUGAAGACCGGGAACCAGCCGCCCGGCAAAAUGGAGUACCACGUCAUCCCCCACUCGCUCCCGGGACACCCAGACUGCAAAGCCAUCCGGAUCAUUUACAACAUUCCCCCCGGGAUCCAGGGGCCAGAGCAUCCCAACCCCGGAAAACCCUUCACCGCGAGAGGCUUUCCCCGACACUGCUACCUCCCCGACAGCGAGAAGGGCCGCAAGGUCUUGCGGUUGCUCUUAGUCGCCUGGGACCGCCGCCUCAUCUUCUCCGUGGGGACGUCCAGCACGACGGGCGAGUCCGACACCGUCAUCUGGAACGAGGUCCACCACAAGACCGAGUUCGGCUCCAACCUGACGGGCCACGGCUACCCCGACCCCGCCCACCUGGACAACGUCCUGGAGGAGCUGAAAGCGCAGGGCAUCACGGAGGACGAGUGUCUCCCCCGGGACUGA